AUGACCCAAGGCAAAGAUGACGUUGUAAGACUACGGGCCUUUUUGCAGCAAUUGAGCCGAGAUCCGAUUGUGCUUACUAUUGCAUUAUCAAGGGCAUGGACCAUCAAGCAGCUUGAUGUUAAUAAUGCUUUCCUUCAUGGUGAUUUGGCUAAAGAUGUGUACAUGAAGAAACCUCGGGGUUAUGACAUUGGAGAUGGCAAUUUAGUAUGCAAGCUCACCAAAGCCUUGUAUGGCCUCAAACAAGCACCAAAGGCUUGGCACGACUCAACCACAAUGGUGCUUGUGUAUGUCGAUGACAUUAUCAUCACAGGCAGCUCGAAUAAAGUUAUUGGUGAAAUCAUUCAACAGCUCAACAUCAAGUUUGCAUUAAAGGACAUGGUUAAGUUCUCUGCUUUUAGAGGAUCUGCCUUUAACAACCCCAAGUUCUAUCAGUGUGUUAUGGGUAGUUUGCAAUACUUCACAGUGACCAAGCCUGAGUUAGCCUAUUGUGUGAGUAAAAUCUCACAAUUUAUGCUGCAACUACUUGAUGAACACUGGACACAUGUAAAACACAUUUUACGUUAUGUUUGUGGUACCUCUACCUUUGGUUUGCUGUUGCAACCAACAAAUAUCACCACUAUGGAAGCAUACAGUGAUUCUGACUGGGGAGGAGAUCCGGAUGAUCAAAAGUCUACUGGGAGUUUUUGUGUGUUUCUUGGCAAGAACCUAGUGUCGUGGUGCUCCAAGAAACAAGGGGCUGUGGCUAGGUCAAGCACUGAGACUGAGUAUCAGGCUACAGCAGAUCUGGUGGCUAAGUUAAUUUGGAUUAAGAACCUGAUGAUUGAGCUGCAAACAGAACUUCCAACACCUCCCUCUAUAUAUUGUGAUAAUCUCAGUGCUGUACUCCUAGCAGUCAAUCCCAUUUAUCACUCAAAGUCCAAACAAUUUGAGAUUGAUAUUCACUUUGUGUGUGACUUUGUGACAAAAAGGAUCAUUGAUGUAAGCCAUGUACUCGGGACAGUUUAG